AUGACUGUAGCAGAUUAUCAAGGCAAAGAGACUACUGAAGCCUUCUUGCUCCGUGACCGGUACCCUGAUGAUGAAUUGAUAGUAGUGGCAUUCAGAGGUACCGAGUUCUUUGAUGCAUAUGCAUGGAGUACUGACCUCGAUAUUUCCUGGUACAAAUACGUGGGCGUUGGAAAGUCUUUAGCUUACUACACUCUUAAGGAUCGAUUGCUAGGUCUGGUGAAAGACAACAGCAACGCGAAAUUCAUAGUGACUGGCCAUAGCUUGGGUGGUGCACUGUCAAUUCUGUUUGUAGCUAUUUUGGCCUUUUAUAAGGAAGAUUUGUUGUUGGAAAGAUUGCGAGGGGUUUCUACGUUCGGGCAGCCAAGAGUUGGCGAUGAGGAGUUUAUAAAAUCAAUUAUUAGAGGAUCGUUUAUAGCAACGAUUUGGUUCCUAGGAUACCAUUUGAUUGUUCUACAUUUUCCUACAAGCAUUUUGGGACCUGUUUCUACUAUAACCGCCUCUACAAAGAAACGGUAA